UGACGCUGGCAAUAUUUAUAUUAGCGAAUGUGUCCGAUUUCGGCAAUUUACUUACGUGGUGAUGUGUUUAUUUUAAAAUAUUAUUGUUAAAAUGAAACCGUUUUACCUUUUAAUUACCUUGUGGACAUUAGUAAACUGUGAUGAACACACUCAUACCUACAAAGAUGGAGAACAAGUCGUGCUUUGGAUGAAUACUGUUGGUCCGUACCACAACCGUCAGGAGACGUACGCAUAUUUCUCACUACCGUUUUGUGCUGGCACUAAAACUACAAUUGGCCACUACCAUGAAACCCUCUCAGAAGCACUCCAGGGCGUAGAGCUCGAGUACAGCGGACUUGAUAUAGGCUUCAAAGAAAAUGUUCCAUCCCAGAAAUUCUGUGCAAUAGAACUCACUGACCAACAUUUCAAAGCAUUGGUGUAUGCGGUGAAGAAUCACUACUGGUAUCAAAUGUACAUCGAUGACCUACCUAUCUGGGGCAUCGUCGGAGAAGUCGAUGGCGACAAUCAUUUCCUAUGGACUCAUAAAAAGUUUGAUAUUGGAUACAAUGGAGACAGGAUAGUGGAGGUGAACCUCACUGCAGAGAACAGAGUGCUGCUGAGUCCGUUAGCUAAAGUGGAUUUCACUUAUGAAGUCAAUUGGAAAAAGAGUAGCAUCAAAUAUGAGGACAGAUUUGACAAAUAUUUGGACCCCAACUUUUUCCAACAUAGAAUCCACUGGUUCAGUAUUUUUAACAGUUUUAUGAUGGUCAUCUUUUUGGUUGGAUUAGUGUCCAUGAUCCUCAUGAGAACGCUGCGCAAAGACUAUGCAAGAUAUUCUAAGGAUGAUGACAUUGAUGAUCUGGAGAAGGACCUUGGAGAUGAGUAUGGGUGGAAGCAAGUCCACGGGGAUGUGUUCAGACCUGUCCCACACCUGGGUCUCUUCUCUGCCCUAGUGGGCACUGGGUAUCAUCUAACCAUAGUCACUUUAGCUGUUAUUAUAUUUACAAUCUUUGGGGAACUGUACACUGCCAGGGGCUCCCUACUCUCUGCUGCUAUAUUCAUCUAUUCAGCGGUGUCCCCUGUAAAUGGUUAUUUUGGAGGCUCCCUAUAUGCCAGAAUGGGAGGGAAAUUAUGGAUUAAACAAAUGUUGCUCUCAGCUUUCCUACUCCCAGUCUGUGUUUGUGGCACAGCAUUCCUCAUUAACUUCAUAGCUAUGUACUACCAUGCCUCUCGUGCUAUCCCCAUUGGAAGUAUGUUAGCUGUCAUGUCUAUAUGCAUAUUUGUUAUUCUGCCUCUGACCAUGGUUGGCACAGUACUUGGCCGCAACUUGGCUGGACAACCAGACUAUCCCUGCCGCAUCAAUGCAGUGCCAAGACCCAUCCCUGAGAAGAAGUGGUACAUGGAGCCCCUGAUUAUUAUUGUGCUGGGAGGAAUUCUGCCAUUUGGUUCUAUCUUCAUUGAAAUGUACUUUAUUUUCACUUCAUUCUGGGCAUACAAAAUUUACUAUGUUUAUGGGUUCAUGCUGUUAGUUUUUGUCAUCCUCAUAAUAGUAACAGUGUGCAUUACUAUUGUGUGCACCUACUUCUUACUGAAUGCAGAAGACUAUCGCUGGCAAUGGACCAGCUUCCUCGCCGCCGGCAGCACUUCCAUCUAUGUCUAUUUGUACUCCUUUUACUAUUUCCUCUUCAAAACUAAAAUGUAUGGUCUCUUUCAAACUGCUUUCUAUUUCGGCUACAUGGCUUUGUUCAGCUUAGCUCUAGGUCUCAUUUGCGGCACUGUGGGCUACUUGGGCACCAGCUUGUUUGUAUGGAAAAUAUAUUCUACUGUUAAAAUUGAUUAAAUAAGUGAUUGCAAUAAAACCUUCUGUGAAAUUUCUAAUUUGUGGUGGUAUAAAUAGUUUUUUCUCAUUCCAAAUUUUCUUGUGGAUAUGUUUAACUUUAGGAAAUUGCAUCAUAUUAUUUUGUAUAAAAUAUCUAACACAGUUAGAAUUUAUAAAUUGGGUGAUUCUAGAUAGUGUAGUAGAAAAUAUGAUGUAUGCACAAAUUGCAGUGCAUAAUUUUGGCUUUGUGUUAUACUUCUUAUCAUAUUUAUUUCGCAACUUAUUUUUAUUAUAUCCUAAUUACGUAAAUUACACCAAUAAUCUGAUGAUUCCUGCCAUGUUUGGCAUAUUUAGUUUUGAAUAUUCAUGAAAUGCGAUACAACUUGAUACAGCCGGUUUGAAAAUUGUGAUUUACGUUAGGUAGGUACCUACACCUACAUCCACUAUCACAAGAUAUAAUGCCCCUCAUUUGUAACUGAAACUUUGUAAAAUAUACUAACAAUAUAAACUACCCAGUGUGAAUAAUGCGCAGAGAACAUGUGGAAUAAUGAGUGCCGUGGCGUGGCGAAACCUAUCAAUCAAACUGACUGAUAGAUCUACCUAUUAUACUUGAUGAUGAGUAACUUUCCUACUCUAGUUUCAAUUAUUAUGAUAUAUUAUGUAUCCACGGGAUUAGCUCUAUAUCUAGUUAUGGUGUUUUAUUUAUGUAAACUUCAUUGAAAUAUUGUCAUUGUAAUAACAAAUCUUGGUAAAGUUUAAAUUGAGUACUAAAAUGAAACUGCCCCAUAUGACCAUUAAUUUGUAUAAUGCACCAUUAGUAUUAUGUCAUACAUUUGUUAAAUCUUGAUUGAAUAAUUAUAGUCAUAGGACCCGUACCUAAAUGUACCUAAUAUCACGCGUAGUGUAUAAACACAAGAUUAAGGAUGAAUUAUGCAAUGUAUGAGUUUCACUACUUAUAAAUUUUAAGUCACUUGUAAAUAUUAGUAAUAAUAACUUAAUGUUAAUCUAUUAAUUUGCAUUUGGUUAUCGCGAAUUGUAUUUAAAUUAAUGAUUUAAGUUAGAAAAUAAACAAGUCUAUGCCAUCCAGCAUAAAUAUAAUAAUUUUGUCAUAAAAUAAAAUUUUAAAAGUGUA